GGAAGUGGAGGUGAGUUGCUCUCAAUGGCGGCGGCGGGGUCCGGCGGUGGAGUGGCUAUGGCUGAAGUACCCGAGAAAGAGCGGCUCUUCCUGCAGCAGCACCCGCUCCUCUGCCUCACGGAGUCGGGCAAGGUGAGGUGCAGGCUGACAGGCCACGAGAUGCCGUGUCGUCUGUCAGAGCUACAGGCUUACACUAAUGGCAAGAAGUAUCAGCGUUUGAUAAAGACAGCCAGGGAGUUUGACUAUGGCAAGUUUGAGCCCCAUAUAGUGCCCAGCACAAAGAACCUACACCAGCUGUUUUGCAAGCUCACACUCAGACACAUCAACAAAUUCCCAGAGCAUGUGCUGCGUCACGUCCAAGGGAAGCGCUACCAGAAGGCUCUAAAAACAUACGAAGAAUGUCAGCGGGAAGGAGUGGACUACGUCCCUGCCUGCUUGCGGCAGAAGAAGCAGUGGACACAGCACCCUGAUGACCAAAUGAACGGGAGCAGGCAGGUGCACAGAAAAGAGGAAUUCUGGGAGCUGAAGUCCAGUGAUGAGAACGGAGAGGAGACAGAUGACAGCAUGAGCGACCUGUACCCACCUGCACUGUUCCCAGAAAAAAGCCCAGCGGCUCCAGAAACCACGAUGGGCAGCGAUGACUUUGCAACAGAUAGUGAGGAUGAUGGGGCCAAGCUGAAUGGUGAUGGUGGAAGAAUGGAUGGCAGCAGAGCAGUCAGCAACAAAAGGGGAAAGAAGCAGUCAGGGCCUUUAAAGAAGAAAUUCAAGAGUCAUUAUCGGAAACCCAAGAACUUCAAGAAAGCAGCCAAUGGCAAAUAAAUUUUAUGAUAAACGUGUGGCUUGGAGACUUGUUGUCUGACAAUUCCAGAGGGUGCCCAAGGCUGACUGAAGGUUUGCCCAUUACAGUGAACUGUUCCAGCUGGGGAGGAGCGGGAUGGAAGUCAGUUGUAUUCUCCCACCCCCUGGGAACAAUGGGCACUGCAGUUCAGUGCCCCGCAGAGAGCCCUAACCAGCAUUCCCAGGUAGCAAUCACACACCCCGAGUGGAUACAAAGAUGCCAUUGUUUUAUUUUGAUUGUUUCCAAAAAUCAAAACAUUUUCAAACACAACUAAGGUACAAAAUACAGCAUAAAAUGAGAAUUUAUACUUAUUUCUUUUUCCACAUAGAAAGCAAAAAUAUAUUCAGAAUGAAUUCCAGAAUACUUUGCAGAGCCAAUUGGGAGCUGACAUCCUGCUUGGGAGAGCUUCUCGGCCACAGGAGACAUCCCUGUACUUUGGGGCGAUGCAUGAAUGCAGCAGUGUACGCAGGAAACCAGAAUCUUCUGCUUCAGGACUCACAGUUAGUAAGUCUGCAUAUUGCACUGCCUCAAAAUAGCUUAGAGUGGCCUCGGCCCAAUCAUGCCCCUGCGGUACCGAAACCUUUCUGCUGCAAGGGGCAAGAUCUGCUCCUUUUCCAGGGUUUUUUCUUGGAAAGGGGACUUGAUUUUCAGAGGAAACCGAUCAACAUUUCAGACUAGUCCAUGAUCCAGCUCCUUAGAAGGACAUAAAGAAGUUGAGAAAGCCAACUUCAGGGCUACUUAGUUUUCCAUCAUUCUGUUUAUAAUAAACACUACAAACGCCAACAGCAGUUAAGCUAUCUGAGAAUGGCUGCCUUGACGGAGUCUAAAACUGUUCUAGGACCUGCAGGGAAACUGAGCAAAAGCUUCCUGUGCUGCGUAUCCAUAACUGAAAGGACCAGUUUGUUUUGCUAUGAAGAGACAGGCACAGUGAAUGCUUGAGGUGAAAAUUUCUCUUGCAAAAUUGAUUUAAAAAGAAAGCUUUCUGUGGUGAUCUGAACUUUAAUGCUGGCUUCCCCUCUCACUUACUCCUCCACAACAAUUCUUUUCCAUCAGCAGCAGCACAUCUUACUAUUAUAGGCUACUUUCUCCUUAGGAUCAUGAAGUCACUGAUUUAACCUUCAACAGGGCUCUUUAUUUGUCAUCAGUUCUCCCAGCCUGGUUCGUACUCGUAAAAUGCAACCAUUAAGGACACCAGUCUGGGCAAUUCAGCUUACCAGGGGACCUUGGUGAGCAGCUGGAGCCACUCAGCUGAAUUACUCCUUGAACAAACAGUUGAGCAGCUUUCUCAAGGGAGACAACAGUGCAAGGAAACAACAUGAUGGUAGCAAGGUGGUAGGGCUCAUGCUUUCUAGAAUUCUUUCCUGAUCUAGUGAAAUGGGUUCACCUAGUUGACUAGCAGAGGGCAAAACGCCUCCUCCGAGCAGCACUAAGCAUGCUCAUGGCACAGAGGUUGUGGCACUGAGAGGUGAACAUGGGGCCUUCCUCUCUCCUCACCACUACACUGAGGAGCUCCUCCUUCCGAAUAUGCAAGUUACAUCCCUGGCUGCUCACUCACAGCCCAGGCUUUGUACUUGCACCCUUCAGCUGGAACCCCGAGCUGAGAGCCAGGGCGAUGGCAGCACAGCUGACUGCCACAUUCCCUCCCUGUGCAUCUCAGGUGUGGUCUGAGAUGGCAGAGGGAAGGGGCUGAACUCAGCCCCCCGGCUCUUCAGUCAACUGGGGCUUUUACAGCCAAAAGACUGACAGAAGUGGCUCUAAGAAGCAAUAACUACAGGUUAGAUAGACUGCUCUGAUCUUGCACGUACCAAGAGCAGGGAAAGAGGGAGUUUCUGUAAUUCUGAAGAUGCUUUCACAAAUAACCUGCAAUUCAGAUGUGAAUUUGGGACAUACAUGGAUGGAAGCUGAAAGGAGCUUUUAUUAUGGAACCUGCAACACUACUUGGCUCCCUGCUUGGGAAUUCAUGAGGGGCAACUUUGGGGGAAAAAAUGCUGAACAAAGAGUUCUUUUGGCACAGAAUUUUAACAGAAUAUAAUAUUCUGUCUCUUUAGGAAUAUCUCCCCCUUCUUGACAUCUGAUUAGCCAUGCAGGCUUCCUGAUUAGCAAUACAUGAUUCUUCCUCGUCCCCCUCAAGAGCAGAACUGGGACACAUUAGAAAACCCUCUUCCUUUUUUCACCUAGAGGGGGAUGAAACUACUUUCAGGGUUUUCUUUUCGUCUCAAUUUGAGGGCAGGAAAGGCGUCCCCCUAUUGUUAAACAAAAUGGAAUUACAGAACUCUUAGCAGCAACAUAACCAGUGAUUUUUUUUUUUAUGCUGCUUUCCACCAUGAUAAGCAAUGCUAUAACCAGCAAUGGAACUCCUUAUGCACAAGACAGCAUUGAUGAGGGUGAGAAAGGGGAUCCACUUCUUUAGUUAUAGCUGCAACCCAACAGUUCCCUGAAUGACACAGCUGUAUCCACUCACAGUACUUCAAAUUUUAAAGCAUUGCUGACUUUAAACAGCAACUGUUCUACUGCAACUCACUGAAGCAUCAGUAAAAUGCAGGUUCCUUGGGUUAGUUCCAAAUCUAGGAAGUUAGUUUAAGCCUAGGCAACGUUCCUUGAAGAAAUAGGAUUUUAUCUAUUAUAUUACUGGUGCCACUGUAAAUCAAAUUCAAAACAUCUGUGCCUUUAAGAGGAAGGGGGCAUGUACGUGUAAAAUGCUGGCAGUUUUUGUUGAAUCCAUAGAGAAUCA